GCAGUGGGACGAGUUAGUGGAUGAACUGGUCUAGGUCGUGGAGUAAAGUUUGUGACUCUGACCGAAUCGUCCCUAGCCCGUCACGUAGCGCUUCCGGACCAUGGUGUUGGGUUGGACGGUCAGUCAUGUUCUUGUUUGAUUGUUGGCUGGCCGGUUGGCCUUUCAUCUCCAACCCUUGGUGUGGGUCGUCCGUCGGUCAUGUUCUUGUUUGAUUGUUGGUCGGUGGGUUGACCUAUGCUUAGGCGGUUCGGGGGUGUUACAGAUGGUGCCUCCUGUAGGCAACCGGACAAUCACAACCUCACCCUCUCUCCGGAGACACUAGGGACACACCCAAAUAUCGAUUUAGUCACCGGAUCCGGCCGCAAUCAGGUGAAGACUAGAGAAGGAGGAGCAAAGAGGAGGUGAGGAGACCAUAGCUUAACAGGGAUGAGGACUGGAUCAAGGGGAGUGAUUAGGGGUGGUGGCCGACGGUUAAAAGCUUACCGCCAGCCAUCGGAGAAGAAUCAAAGAAGAACACCGAAGAAGAUGAGGUUUGGAGAAGAGAGAACAUAGAUAAUUUUCUCUCACCUCUCUCUUAAUUAUGUUUAGUGUAUAUAUAUUUAUUAUUUCAUAAUAUACAUAAAAUAAUUUUUAUAUAUAAUGCGCAAGACAAGACGCGGGUCUUAUAUAAUAAAAUAGGAAUAACAACAUGUAUUGAUACCGAAUAUAUAGACUCCAUAACUGCACCAAUUUGUAACAAUUUCAUCUAUAUACUAUACCCCCUUUGUUAAACAAAGCAUCUCUAUACCAUACCUACUUUCUAAUGGUUCGUCUACCCCAGUUUGAUUAAUUAGACGGUUGGCGUAAAACGUCCUAUGUCGAUAGGUCGUAAAUUGUUAACCCGACGUAGAAACCCUAGUUCAAACCGAUAGAAAAAAGAGUAUCAUCCAUUAGUAUUUUUUUAUUCUUGAUCCAGAGCCUAUUAUUGAUAUAGGUUGAUAGAUAAAUUUUAGAUAUUCUACAAGGUUGCACCAGCCAUGGAUUUGAUGUGUUACUACCGUGAUGGAAUUUUACUUUCACGUACAUAUUAGUUUUGAGAUGCUUAAGAACCUUAAAUUUAUGAUGAAAAGUUAUUAUAAAUCACUAGACUAAUGCUGCUCAUACGCACUGAUUUUUAUUAUCUUAUAAGUUUCAUUAGGAUAUAUUUCUGAUAUUUGAAAUUUAGGUUAAGGAGAUGAGAUUUGAUCAUGUUGAGGCAAUCCACAAUCUAAUCUCGAAGAAAGUAAAGAACUAGAGAUUAAAACUCGGUUGAGGCUUUUGUGUAAAAAAAAAAAAAAAAUCGGUUGAGGCAAAUACCCUUUUUUAGGGUUUGCUUAUUGAUUGUGUGAAUGAAAUAAUUUACAACCCUUAAGACCUUUAUUUGCAUGUGAUUCUCUGAUAUCUUGGCUAUGUGUAUAAAGAACAUCAAUAAAAAGUAUGAACAAACCAUUUUAUACUAUGGGUAUAAUAAACUAGACAAAACACAGUUUUGAAGUAUCAUUAGUAUAUCAUUACAGUUCCGGGUAUGAAUUUGCAUUUUGGCUUAUAUUCUUGAUGUACGAGUUACUCGAAAAUCCUAGUUCUCACUAUAAUCGGGUCACUUAAAUUUAGACAACUUAUUUAAUUUGGAGAUCACCGACGCCAAUCAAAGUUUAAUUGGAUGAAGUACAUAUUGAAAGCACUAAAUCAUAAGGUGUUUACAAACAUAUAGUUUAACUUUAGGAUUAGAAUUUGUGAAGCAGCUUAAGUCAUACAAAUAAAUUGGAGAACAUUCUUUCCAUAAGCUACCUUAGCUAUGUCAACAUUUUUCAGGUUAGUGUUGUUACAAAGUUGUGUCAUGAAAAGAAGAAAAAAAAACAAUUCAACCUUAAGAAGAUGUGGAUAUACAUGAUGGAGUUAAAAAUAUACAUCGAAUUUUCUCCCCAUUCUGCAUUCAGAAGUGGAAAUUCCUAUUUAGACAAUGAUAUACAUGAUUUUUAAUGGGAGAACAACACUUAUUUCAGUAAAUAUAUUUCUAAACUGGUGAAGAUAAUGUCUAAAUUGGUCAAUUAGUAUGUGCUUCUCGAUUCAUUUGGAAGAGGCUGUGAUUGUCAAGAGUAUGUUAUCCUUUUUUCUCUUUCACGGCUUUUAUGUAACUUGAAAGCAUAUAUUUCUGUAAACUGUGCUUAAACAACGUUUGAUGAUACAUGUUAUGUAAAAUAUUGUACUUUGGUUUGAUUUUCAAACCAUUUUAACCAGUUAAAAGUUGUUAUCAAAAGAGAAAUCAUAAUACCAUGUUUAAUAAGCUCUAAUAUAUGGUGUGAUCGGUCUAAAACUAUUAUUGUAUUUGCCAUCAUUUAUAUUCAAACUCGUAUUAGGUAUGUUUUUGAAUAUUGUUUUAUUGACGAAAAGCAAAAUUUUGGAAAAAAAUAAUAGAUGAUAUAUUUUUUUUGGUCGAGUGAUAUGUUUAUUUUACUAUACGUAAUAAGUCUAUAGUUGCUAAUUUUACUAUAGAAAAAUAAGACUUAUGGAUUCAUUCUUAUUCCAAAAAUAUAUUCUUUCAAAGUGAAUAAAGAAAAAAAAAUACAAUAUGUAAAUAUACAUAGAAUUAAAGAAAUCAUUAUAAGAAUAUUUUGGUUGUAAGCUAUUUUCUCUUCUUUAAUUUAUUUUUAUUUUUUCUCCAAGAGAAACUUUUGGUCCUUGUUGUUGUGUUCUCUCUCGAAGACUUGUGUUGAAAGAGCGAGCGGCCAGAGUGAUCUCUCUCCAUCUCUCCCACCACAUAAAGGAAACUAAACUUGUUCGGUCGUUGCCUAGUCGAGUCGAAGGAGUCUCGUCUCACUGCAAUGCAAAGCUAAAACUAUCUCUCUUCUUUCGAUAACCUCUUCAGUCAGGUUUUUACCAAAUCUCUCUUUAAUACCGUUUUAGGUAAUACACGUUCGUGUUCGUGCGAUAGCUUUUGCGGUUUGCCAAAAAAACGUUAUUGUUAAUGCAUAGAGAGAUCGAGCAAAAAAACAAGAUCCUUUUUUUUACAUGAAGUGUUCAUCUUUUGUCUUCACGUUUUCUGCUAGGCCGGCGUUAAAGAUUUCAACUUUAUGCUUUGCUUUGCUUCACUUCGUUUCCAAUGUGAUGUUUAUCUCUUUACGUGUGGUCUGUUAUCGUUUAGAAAUUACUUGUCUUUGUUUGGGAUUGACCCUUAUCGUUCAAAGAUAAGAAGCACGUUCUUGAUUCUGGGUUUCACGCUCUGAAAACAAAUCGAUUCUAUUCGUUUUUUUUGUCUAAGUCUUGUUUGGUUUCUUUGAUUUUGCCUAUGUGGUUCUGUUUCUUGUUUUCUGAUUUCAAACAGUAGAUUUAUAUCUCAUUCUCCUUUAUUGUAUCUUUGCCUGUAUGUGAUUUUUUAAGCUUUUGUUUUCAAGACCUUGGGGGCAAUGAGUGAAGAGUUUGUUCUUAUAUGAUCUCAGAUUAACCUGUUGUGUAUGUGUUCGUCUGCUUGUUAUAGUUUGCCAAUGUACACUUGGAGUAUGUUCUUUAACAUUAAAUGAGUGUGAUCUUCUCUUAUAUGCAGUUUUUUUUUCAAUUCCCAUUUUUAAAAUGGACGAAGAAAAGACUCUUAUGGAAGAAUAUGUGUGUGGAGAUCCAAAAGUUGAUAUUCGUGUUGGAGACGAGUAUCAAGCCGAGAUACCUCCUUUGAUAUCUGAAUCCGAACGUGCAGCUGCCUAUCUUUCGAAUCCUCUAGCUUCUGAAUCUAAUGCCGUAGCUGUGGGACUACCUGUUGACAUAACGUGGAUAGACACCAAACUUAAAGACGAUGUUAAUGUAGACAUGAACGAGUCUCUCAAAUCUCUGAAAACCAAAAGAAACCGCAGAGUUGAGAAGAUGAAUCUUGAAGCUGUGCCUGAGAGACCAUCAAGUUCUUGGGAAGAUUUGGAGGUAGAUGCCUUUGUUCUCGGUCUGUAUACAUUCGGGAAGAACUUUGCUCAGGUAAAGACGUUCUUGGAGAGCAAAGAAACAGGAGAACUACUUUCUUUUUACUACGGGAAGUUCUACAAAUCUAGUAAGCACAAGAUUUGGUCAAACUCCCUUAAGAAACGGAGUAGAAAAUGCAUACAAGGGAAGAAGCUCUACUCAGGCUGGAGACUACAUCUGUUGCUGUCCCGUUUGAUGCCCAGCAUUACCGAUGAAUCAUCGCUGAAAACAAAGCUUGUGAAUGUCUCAAAGUCAUUAGCUGAAGGGAACACAUCUCUGGAGAAAUACAUCACCGCGGUGAAGGAGCUAGUGGGUCUCCGGUCUCUUGUAGAGGCAGUAGCAAUCGGUAAAGACAAAGAAGAUCUGACAGUUCUAACAACGGAGCCUGUUAAAUCGAAGCAAUGGUUCACAGUUUCCUCCUCUGCUGCUGUUCCUGCUGGUUUAGGGGUGUACAGUUCACUCACAUGUGAUGAAAUCAUCGAGAAACUGAGUGGUGGUUCCCGUCUAAGCAAGGCCCGUUGCAAUGAUAUCUUCUGGGAAGCUGUGUGGCCGCGUUUGCUAGCGAGAGGGUGGCGUUCUGAGCAGCCUAAAGACCGAGGCAAAGACAACAUUGUCUUCCUCAUCCCUGGGGUAAAGAAGUUUUCUAGACGGAAACUUGUUAAACAGAAUCAUUACUUUGAUUCCAUCAGUGACAUUAUUAAAAAAGUUGUUUCGGAUCCUGAGCUUCUUGAGUUUGAUGAGGCAGCAGAGAUAAGAGCUCCCAGUGAGAAUAAAGAGGACCAAUUAAAACGGCGUUACCUAAAGUCUCCAGAGUCCUCUUCUUCUACACAUAUGAAGUUCACUGUUGUGGAUACUACUAGUUUGGCUGCAGGAGGCAAGUUGUGUGCGUUUAGGGAGCUGAAGAAUCCGAAUCCUGAAUCUCUAGGUUCUCAAUCAAAGGCAUCUUGUGUGGAUGUAGAGAAGCAUGGUAAAGAAUGUAAGUGGGAAAAGAGACGAAUGAAGAAACUGGUGGAAGAGCCGGUGAGGUUCAUGAUUGUGGAUUCAUCAGGGAUAAGGAGACGGAGACGUUUGCCCGCUAGUGAUCCAUCAUCAUCGCAGAACAACCAGUCUGGUGCCAGUACAGGUGUGACUGGUUCUGGUGUGAAGGAGGAGAAGGUUCGGUCAAAGAAGAGGUCUGUCCGAAAAUCAGAAUCUGCUAACAAUCAUUCGCUUAGUUCUUCAUUUCCCUUGCCAAAACGAAGGAAGCUCAGUGCGUGUGUAAGGAAAGAUAUAGAACGUUUUGGUGAAAGUUCUAUCAAGACUGAGAAAGCAGAAGAAGAAGAAGCUGGAGACGGGAUAGAGAUUCUGAGGCCAAAGACUGAACCAAAUGAGUUAUGUUCAUCAGAAAGACAACAACAAGAGGAGUCAAAGCAGUUGUUGUGUUCUUCAAAUGAUCUGGAAGAGAAACUGAUUCAACUUCCUUCAAGGUCAGGCUCAGACAAGAGGAAUUCUCCUUCCACUGAUCAUGGAACUAGUCAAGAAACUGCAUCAAUAAAACAAGAAGAAGAAGAAGAGCAAAACCAAGAGAUAAACGCAGAUCCUCCGAGAAGACAAAGCACAAGAAAGAGGCCAUUGACGACUCGUGCUCUUGAAGCUCUUGAAUCAGGAUUUUUUACAGCAAAGAGUACGCCUAAACCAAUAAAAAGGGAAAGGUCUAAAAGGAUCAAGCACUCAGCCAAUGUGAGUAACAGAGCUCAAGGUGAGUCAGACGAUGGUUUUCUUGUGAAGGAAAGUACAUCAAGUAAGCCGCUGGACGGAGUAGAGUGUUCGGAACCGAGCUUUCUUGCGGAGAAAGCAACAAGAGCAGCGAGUAAGCCUGUGGAGCAAACAGAGGAUUCUAACAGGGAGACAACCGAAUUCUCUACUAAACGUCCUCCCAUUCUUUUGAAACUUCCCUUUAAGCGAGGCUGAAGUAGAAUGAAUCAUUUUUGGGCUUUUACCUGAUCUUAGAGCUUCGACUCUCUGAAGAAAUUGUGUAUAGAAAAAAAAAACUCAUUUUCUUUUGUUUUUGCCUGGUAAAACUCUUUGAAGACAUAUUUUUAUUCUUUUGAAAUCGUUUCUCUUUAUAAUGAGCUCAGUCACACUUGCUAAAUUUCUAAGAUAGAUAAAUAAAGAUAUGUUUUUAGUCCAUCUCUAGUACUAUAUUUAGAUUUCAUUUUUCGGUUAUAUCUUUUGUAAAGAUCUAGUGGGAUGAAUUCUUCACAUAGGAAUAUAACAUGCUAGAUACGGAGUGUUGAGGCCGCUUCACCGUAUCAUUCAAUUUCCCAAUGCUGGUUAAUUUUGAAAAUACUUGACUACAAGUAUUGCUUCAUUUGACAAUUCCUAAUGAUGUUAUGUAUCAUUUUAAAAAGAUGAGACACGUUUGACUUUAUUAGUUUUAAUUGCCUUUGAUAAUUUUUCACUUUAGUAUUUAGGAACCUCAGCAGACACAAAUAUCAUUUGAAAUAAACUGAUUUCAUGAUACAAUCAUCUUAUCAUACUAGUAGUACUGGUAAUGGCGAAAGCAUAUUCAUAAAUUAUAACCAUCUGUCUAGCUUACUUUACUUAUUCAAUAGAAAGAUAUAAAGAAAUCUAAUAACCAGCCGUCUUAUCCCCUUCCGUAUCUUCUGCGAAUUGAACAUCACACCCAAAUGGAAACAUAAGCAUAUAUAGCUUGGUCUCUGCCUUCAUUGACCACCUGCAAGCCAUAUAGGUUAAGUGAAGACUUCGAUUGCAUUGAAAAGUGAAUUGAAUUAUAUGAUUCAUUAGGUGAUAAAACAAAAUAAGACCUGAAUCUACACAAAUUGUGAUGAAAAUGGCCAUGAGCAGCUUAGCCCUUGAUGAAGGUCCAACAAGCCGGAAUUGUAUAAUCACCGACUUGGAUGUCAUUAUCAGGUUUUCUAAGCAUUAAACGCACCGUCGUUGUGAUCCUAAGAGACUCGUUGUGAGCUAUUAGUUAAGAUAUGUCAGUACACGAAGAAGCAAAAUGGUAGAUACUCUAUAAAUGGGUGAAAGUCAUGGAUUUGUAGUCUUCCCAUGUUAAGCAGGCAUCCUUCUCAGUCCUAUCUCCAAGUAUUCUCGCAUGCUCUCGCAUGACUCUAAGCUUUUCGCUUAUGAGCUUUACUGUAGCAGCAAGAAUCCGUGGUGUUGUUUGGUUAGCAAUCAGAAAAAAAUGUAUAUAUGUAAUAUUGAUCUUCUCCUCCACGCUCAUCUUUGCUUUUCCUUCUUCCUUUUCUCCACAUAUGAUUUUGAAAAACUUCCCCAACUCCUCUCCUAAUGCUCUCUUCUUCAACACUGCCUCCUUUAGUAAAUUCAUCAUCAUCUUUCUUGCCUGCAUGACCUCUAUCGUUUUAAACAGGCCUAUAGUAAGAUUAUAGAAAAUAAUUACUUUCAUCAUAUAUUAUAGGACACCGAUCCAAGGAAAUUUGAGGGAUUUAGAUUUCGUGGAAAUUGGUGUUCAAAAAAAAAAAAAGAUUUCGUGGAAAUUAAAAUGGAUUUUUGUGUUAAUUUUGGUAGGAUUUUGAGGAUUUUUGUGGGGAUUUUAAGAUUUUUGAGAUUUAAUUUUUUUCAAAGUCAAAAAAAUAUUUAAAAUGCUAUAUAAUAUUUAUUUAUUUUAUCAAAUUCUGUUUUCUAUUGAAAAGAGAAUAAGAUGCAGUAAUUUCUUGAAAUUUUAUUUUUUAUAAACAAAAUUGUAAAAAUCUUUUAAUACAGGUCAUUUAGAGGUGGUAGUUCUAUUCACUAACUUUUAACCAUAAAUUAUCUCUCAAAUCCCUUCAAUAGGAUAAUGUUUAAAAAAAAAAAAGUGAUUAGCCCAAUAACCUGAGAUUUUGAGGUAUUUGUACAAAUGAUUAAUCCAAUAAGAUGAAAUUUUAAAGAAUUCCUCCAAAUGCCAAAUUCAUUAGAAAAAAAAUAAAAUUCUUUCGUACACUUAAUCCAAAAGAAAAUCGCAUAAAAAUCUUGAAAGUGACACUCGUUAAUAUUUUAGACCUCCAACGUUUUU